GCAGUCGUGACGUACACUGUAAACAGGAAGUGGGUCCUUUAGAGAAAAAGCGAGAGGUUCGGAGAUCGUGGGCAGAGGACAGGGACUCGCCGCCAUGGGGAAAAGCUGUAAGGUGGUGGUGUGCGGCCAGGCAGCUGUUGGGAAAACAGCUGUUUUGGAACAAUUACUCUACGCCAACCACGUCGCAGGUUCGGAGCCCAUGGAGACCCUGGAGGACAUUUACAUCGGCUCCGUAGAGACCGACCGCGGCACGCGAGAGCAGGUGCGCUUCUACGACACCCGCGGCCUCCGCGACGGGAUGGAGUUUCCGCGGCACUACUACACCUUCGCCGACGGCUUCGUGCUGGUCUACAGCAUCGACAGCAAGGAGUCCUUCAAGCGAAUGGAAGCCCUGAAGAAAGACAUCGAUCGCCACAGAGACAAGAAAGAGGUGACAAUCAUCGUCCUGGGAAACAAGCUGGACAAGCAGGACGAGCGGCGGAUCGACUCCAACAUGGCCCAGAACUGGGCCAAGAACGAGAAGGUGCGCCUGUGGGAGGUGUCGGUGGCGGACCGCCGCACGCUCAUCGAGCCCUUCGUCUACCUGGCCAGCAAGAUGACCCAGCCGCAGAGCAAGUCCACCUUCCCGCUCAGCCGCAACAAGAACAAAGGCAGCGGCUCCACGGACAGCUGAAGGAGCCGUCUGCCUCGGGCGAGACGGGGGAAAACAGGGGGGGCAUUAAAGGGACCGUCGAUUUUACUAGAAACAAGUUUUUGAUAAAGCGUGAAAAAUCAUAUUUAUACACAGCUGUAUGUGAUGUCUGGUGAAAAAUACAUGAUGUUUCAUCAGUUCUGAUCAGACUGAUUCUAAGUCUUGUUAAACUGCUGACGGUCAACAGUCAGAUCCUGAUUCACAUUCGAAGGGAACCUCGAAACCUCUGCUCCAGCGUUGGACACUGACUGAAGAGAAAUCACAGGUUUCAGACGUUACUGAAUCUCCUCCGUUUGCCGAUCUGGAGGUUUGUUACACGAUUCACUGCUGAGUGGAUGGUAUUCACUAAACACUGCUACAGGCUCGAUCGACAAUCCUGGACCGACGUCGACGCAGAUCACUGAACACAAGGUCAGAUUAGAGGAGCUGAAAAACACUGAAAAUACUUUCUGUAUUUGUCUGAAAAACCCAGAGAAUGUUACAUGUAACAUUUUUCCAGGACUGUCGUCCCUUUAUGUGUAAAUAUUCUGAGCUUCACUUGCCAUUUGUUUCCACGUUUUGUGAAGAAAUUAAAGAGUGUUGAAAUUA